GUUAUAGUUGCAAAACGUAUUGGAGAAAAUGGUUUCCGUUUGCAACAGACAAAACGUUUUGCAACAGAAUCAGAGUAAUGCAUACACCCCAGUUAACACCCUCGAACUGGUCUCAAACUUCGGUAGCAGCCAAGCUGCACAGUCGACAUGGCGACCGAUUUAAUAACGCAAUAUUUUCCUAAAGACAGAUAAAUCUUCCAAGUGUUUUGGAAUGAGAUUUGUCACGUGACAUGAUGCGCAUCCACGAUGUGUGACAACGUUUGAAGAACAAUUAAGUUCGGAAGAAAAAUCUUGAUUCCAGUGGAAUCUUCCAUAUAUUUUUUUCUUUGUAAAAAAAAAAAACUGUCCAGUGAUGCCUGUGCAAGCCCCACAAUGGACGGAGUUCCUGCUGUGUCCCAUCUGCACGCAGACGUUCGAGGAGACGGUGCGGCGGCCCAUCUCGCUGGGCUGUGGCCACACCGUCUGCAAGAUGUGCCUGAACAAGCUCCACCGCAAGGCCUGCCCCUUCGACCAGACAGCCAUCGCCACCGACAUCGAGCAGCUGCCGGUAAACACAGCCCUACUGCAGCUUGUGGGGGGACAGGUUCCCAAGGUUCAGCCGGUGGCCCUGAUCACCAGCCCAGAGGACUCGCAGCACUAUGAGGAGGCUAGGCAGUGUGUAGAGGAGCUGGCCCUCUACCUCAAACCCCUCAGCAACAACAGAGGGGUGGGUCUUAGCAGCACAGCCCAGAGCAUGCUGAGUCGGCCCAUGCAGAGGAAGCUGGUGACCCUGGUCCACUGCCAGCUGGUGGAGGAGGAGGGCCGGGUGCGGGCCAUGAGGGCAGCCAGGUCUCUGGGGGAGCGCACGGUCACAGAGCUCAUCCUACAGCACCAGAACCCCCAGCAAUUGUCAUCCAAUUUGUGGGCCGCCGUCCGGGCCCGGGGCUGCCAGUUCUUGGGCCCAGCCAUGCAGGAGGAGGCUCUGAAGCUGGUGCUGCUGGCUCUGGAGGAUGGCUUGGCCUUGUCCAGGAAGGUUCUGGUGCUGUUUGUGGUCCAGAGGUUAGAGCCACGCUUCCCCCAGGCCUCCAAGACCAGCAUAGGCCACGUGGUGCAGCUCCUCUACAGGGCCUCCUGCUUCAAGGUGACCAAGCGCGACGAGGACUCGUCCCUGAUGCAGCUGAAAGAGGAGUUCAGGACGUAUGAGGCACUGCGGCGCGAACACGACUCCCAGAUUGUGCAGAUCGCCAUGGAGGGUGGCCUCCGCAUCGCUCCCGACCAGUGGUCCUCCCUGCUCUAUGGGGACCAGUCCCACAAGUCCCACAUGCAGUCCAUCAUCGACAAGUUGCAAACGCCAGCGUCGUUUGCCCAGAGCGUUCAGGAGCUGACCAUCGCCUUGCAGAGGACGGGCGACCCCGCCAACCUUAACCAGCUCCGACCACACCUGGAACUACUGGCCAACAUCGACCCUAGCCCCGACGCCCCCCCUCCCACGUGGGAGCAGCUGGAGAAGGGUCUGGUGGCGGUGAAGACGGUGGUCCACGGCCUGGUGGACUUCAUCCAGAACCACAGCAAGAAGGGAGCCGACCCACAACAGCCUCCCCAGCACAGUAAAUACAAGACGUACAUGUGUCGGGACAUGAAGCAGAAGGGGGGCUGUCCCCGAGGAGCCAGCUGUACCUUCGCCCACUCUCAGGAGGAGCUGGAGAAGUACCGUAAGAUGAACAAGCGUUUGGCGGCUCGCCUCCCUGGCUCAUCCGGCCUGCUGUCGGAUGACUGUCUCCCUCUGGAUAUGGGGGUGACUCGGAAACCCUCGCCCCUCACCAACGGCUCAGCUGGACACCCCAUGCCCCAGCUCAUCACCCGCGGCACGGACGCCGUGACCUACGACCUGUUGUGCAAGCCCAAGAUGGACUGCGGGAGCAGCAGCUCCCCGGGAUCGCCCCCUGACUUUCUGGAUUCAGGGCCCAAACAAGGGUUCCUCCAGCCUCCCCUUGCCAUGGGCCACCCCAGGGGGCCAGGCGACCCCAUGCCCAAACAGAUGCCCGUAGGUGUGAUGCCCCGGGGGCCUCAGAUGUACCCCCAGCAGCUGCCUGACAUGUACUACUCCGACUCACGCCCAUUGCCCUCCGCCUCCCAGUACGAGCCUUCGCAGUACCCCCAAGGUUACCCCUACCAGCAGCCCCCCCAGUACUCCACCCAGCGCUACAUCCGAAACCUCCCUGCCCCCAGCGAGCCCGCUGGACCACCCUACCAGGACCCCUAUCCCGGCUAUGGCCCUCCUGAGCGCCCUUACUCAGCUCCCCACUCCGGCCCCCCCUACUCCUACCUUCCCCACUAUGACACCCGGGGCCGCCACGGCCCUUACCCUGGCCCCCAGCCAUACCCCCCGCAGAGGGACGACAUGGUCCGGAUGAGCCCUGCUCCCCUGGACAUGCCCCCUAACCACCACUACCAACAGGAGCAGGCGGCCAGGGAGAGGUACCCCCCAGAGGGGUACUACCCAACUGGGGCCCAGCCCCAAUCCAUGAGGUCCAACGUCAGGGAGCAGUACAGACGCUCCUCCCAGCCCAGCCUGGACUACCUGCACCACCGCCGCAAGGAGCUGAUGGCCCAACUAGAAGAGAGGAAGGUCAUCUCCCCACCACCCUUCGCUGCCUCCCCCACCCUGCCCCAAGCCUUCCCUAGUGACUACCCCCCAGAGUAUGGGGAGGAAAGCUCCAAAGCCUUUGGGAAGUGCAGGGAGUCGGACUACGCGGGCCAGUAUUCUCCCUGGUCCUGUGACACUAUCGGCUCCUAUAUUGUCACCAAGGACGCCAAGCCCAAAGACAUCAUGGCGCCCGGCGCCAUGGAGAUGAUGAAUGUGGAUGGUAAAGGUAUACGGGGGGAGCCCUCCAUGGAGGCCCAGUCCAGACGGGGAGCGGAGGUGAAGGACGACGACCCCAUCAUCCCCUUCGGCCCCCAGCCCACCGUGUCGCGCUUCGGGGCCAUCUCACGCACCUCCAAGACAGGCUACCAGACGACAGGCCCCGUGCAGGCCAUGGCCUCCGCCCAGGGACCCAAACACAUGGCCGCGGAGUUCUCCUAUGGGCACCACGGAGGCUGGGGCGGCGCCUCCUACCCCUCCCACCAGACUGGCUCCUCCUCUCAGGGACACUUCAGUGAAAAGCUGUCUAUGCCAGCUCAGGACAGAGAGCAUCUGAAGAUUGAGCUCCAACAGGUCAACCAGCAGAUCACCCAACAGACCCAGAUCCAUGGCAUGGAGAGGGAGGUCAGUGCCCUGGCGGCACAGCCCUCCCAACCAUGUCAGAACCAGGGCCAGCAGGGGAAGUGGCCCGGUCCAGCGGGGGUUUCCAGCAACGCUGCCUUGGUGUCCAGCGAACAGCUCAGCAUGGAGCUGCACCAGGUGGAGAGGGAGAUUGGCAAGAGGACCUGCCGGGUGGCCAUGGACAGCCAGGUGGCUCAUGAAGUCCAGUACAAGAUGAAGGCUGCACAGAAUGGCCAGCAGGACCACAAGACCCAGCUGGAGGAGAUUGCUCUGGCCCUCGGUGAGGUAUCUAAUGGCUCCAGCGGUCUAGGUCAGGAUGGUGGUGUGGGCGGAGCCAUGUUGUCACUGACCAAUAAAGCGUCUUCGCUCAGCCUGUGUACUGAGCCGGGGCCCGGAGUCUCAGAGCUGCAGAAGAACGGUGUGGUCCAUUCCUGCUCCUAGACCACACACACACACAACACCUACUCAGACACUGUGGUGUAAAACAUACAGACAGAAGAUGAGCAGUAUCUGCUGUGAUAGGAGUUUCUUUCUUUUUUUGUUCUGUGAAUGAGCUUUUUUUUUUUACUUUCAUUGCCUGGAAACCAGGGCAUUUGAUAACAUUUAUUUUUUUGUUUUCUUUUCUCUUACUGGGACGAUAAAACAAGCCUCUCAAAGUAAUGGAAAAGCAGAUGAUGAUGAUGAUGAUGAUAAUUGUUCAGAGGGCUAUCCCCCUACAUAGACAUCACAUACCAAGACCCAUUGUAGAUCGAUCGGUAGAGUAUUUCUCAAUUCUCCCCYUCUAUGUCUUUGUUCCCAUUASGAGGCACAUUAAGGGUAAGCAGCUUGCAGGGACCUUAAGACCCCAAAUACUAAAUCAAGUUAUGCUCAUAUGUCCUACAUAACGGUAUCAUAAGUCUUGGUGUUUAUGACAGUUAUGUCAGCGGUCGUACGCAUCACAUAAGUAUCUGUUAUAAUCCAUUAUAGCCUGAUAUGACAGUUGUUGAUAGUUUCCAAUACMUUUGACAGCUUACGAAGGCAAUUAUAACAAAUUAUAGUCAGUAUAGUAACUGUUCCGUAACUGUUCCGUUCGCGUUCAGUAAUAUAAGUGUUGUAACCGCUAGUGUUCAGGAAUACACCACCCCCAGAACCGGAAAACGUGGUUGACCAGAUGAGGGAGGCCAGGGAAAGGGGGAGUGAAGAUGUUCCGCCAAUCUUCAGAACCAAACGAGACUAGGCCGCUUCAAGCCACAUGAGACCACAUGAGAAGUCUGAUUUUAUUAGUGCAUUUUAUGAAUACAUCAUAUCUGUUUCAUACUUGAAAAGCAGUAUAUUAUUAACCAAAGCAUUCUGUUUUAAAGAUUGCAAAAUGAAUCUUUUUGAUAAUGAGCUUUCCUCAUGUUUUCUAUAAGGGAACCUACUAUGUGCUUCUCGUGGGAUGUAGUGUGACUUGCUGCUGGUCGUGGAAAUGUCUGUUGUACUGAUGGGCUGGAAUUCAAUCAAACCUGCAGUGUGGAAAAUGCACUCUCAAGGGAGUGUAAUAAGUGUUAACACAGUUCUAGAAAACAUGCAUUUUCACAUUGUAGGAACAUUUUCCUCGGUGCAAAAUGAAUUGAUGUGUGAAUGGAAUCAUAUGGGGUGAUAGUUUUUAUCUUCCUCAGAACUCCUCAUCUGGUUAUCCUCCCCAUUGGGAUUAUCUUGUCAUUGGUUCUCUUUAACUUCUAUGAAGUUACUUUCCCUUUUUUUUUUUCUCUCGCGAUUUGGUUAAGGGGCUGUGGACUACCUGGUCCGUUAUUGGAGGGGAAGUGAGAAAUGGAUUAAUAUGCAAAAAAAAUGUAUCAUCUUUGUCUUAAUACAUGUAGAAAGUGGCUGUAGUCUGCCAAACAAUAAUUUCAAUGGUUUGUGCGUCUCAAUCAUCAACGAAAGAAUGGCGAAUUGUCUUUAUAAAAAAAAAUUGGUCAUCUUACGAGCUUACUUUAAAAAAAAUCCUUCUAUUCCAUUUGUUUUUAACCACAUACUAUUAGUUCAUUUUAGAACAAGUCAGGAUCGAGACACAUAUUCAGUGUAUUAGUGGAUUCAAGACCAGAAUCUUGGGCCUCAACCUGGCGAGGUUUAAAGCAAGCAGCCAGAAAGUCUUGCCCCUCAAAGCCUCUGCCCAAAGUCUUACCCAACYUUCAAUUUGAAAACUUUUAGUGCAAACUUUCAUGAUAUUUUUCACAAUAUAGUUUUAUAUAGUAUUAUUAUCAUCAUUAUCAUUACAUUAUUUUUGCUUUCCCUGUCCUGGAAAUUGUUGGCGCUCGUUAAGGAGCGCUCUGCCUUUUGUAAACAAUCCUCAUGAUUGGCCAUCGAAAAGAGUUGUUCUGAAAUGCAAAAAGGUGGGUCCUAGUGCUAAAACGGUUAACGAUAAGGAUAGAGGUGACGCAUCAGGGUUCAUAGUUUGGGGGGGGGGGGGAAUACAGCUUUUUGUCUGG